AUGACAAUAAUAUCAUGCGAGAUAAUUGAAUAUUACCCAUCACAAACUCUAAUCAAUAUAAAUCAUGAUAAGGGAUCACUUCAGAAUAAUUUGGAUAGAAAUCCAAAUGAAAAGCAUCCAGUGAUGGCACAAUUCAAAAAUAAUAAAGAUAUAACGUGGAGAUAUUUCGAUGAUAAAAACACAACUGUUAAAAAUAAAACUAAAAGAGCUGUUGAUCCAGUAUUCCACGGACAUCCAAAAACCAGAGAAGAAUUAUGGAACGAUCAUUUCUUAAAUAAAUCUAAGACAUUUGAUCAAAAUCCAUCGCUUAUUAAGUUGAUACAUAACAUUACUGUUACAUAUUUGAACGAUUGUAUACCAGUUAUACUCUAUGAUGACCGAAUUAAAUCUCCAGAUAGUUAUUUGUUUCAGGAUCUACUCAUGGAUUUUCCCAUUUCUUAUGUUCAUGGUUACAUUAAUGAUAACAAUCAUCUUGAAGAACCUAAACUAUUGAUUGGUAGAAAAGAGUGUCUGCAUUUCAUAAUGUUUUUGUCCGAUGUUAAAAGAAGUGCUAAGGUUUUAGGUAAACAGUCGUCGUGCAAGGUGGUCAUAGUAGCCAGAUCUUCUCAAUGGGCAGUGCAAGAGUUUUUAUCUAGUCCAUUAUCUAGAGUAUUUGUAAACCUUCUCGUAAUUGGGCAAAGCUUCAAAGACGACGACGAUGAGACAAUAGAAGCUCCUUAUAUUUUGUAUACUCAUAAAUUGUACAUUGAUGGCUUGGGUGCGAGUAUGCCUGUGGUUUUGACGUCGUGGACACAUGGGAAAUUUACUAGAGAAGUCAAUUUGUUCCCAAGAAAAAUGACUAAAGGGUAUGCAGGACAUCGAUUUAUGGUAGCUGCUGCUCACCAACCACCAUUUGUAUUUAGAAGGAUAAUAACAGAUUUAGAUGGUGGAAAUCCGAGAGUAAAAUGGGAUGGCAUAGAAAUAAGGUUGCUGAAACUUCUAGCUGCAAGGAAUAAUUUUUCAAUUGAAGUUGUUGAGCCUCGUGAAUUAAAUUUAGGACCUGGUGAUGCAGUAUCGAAAGAAAUAGCAUUGGGUCGUGCUGAUAUUGGAGUGAGUGGAAUGUAUGCAACAAGCGAAAGGGUUCGUGAAAUGGACUUAUCUUUCAGUCAUUCUCAAGACUGUGCUGUCUUCGUCACGUUGAUGUCUACAGCUUUGCCACGAUAUCGAGCAAUUCUUGGGCCUUUCCACUGGCAUGUUUGGGUAGCAUUGACAUUCACUUAUCUCAUUGGAAUUUUCCCACUUGCUUUUUCGGAUAAACAUACUCUCAAACACUUAUUACAUAAUAGUGGAGAAGUAGAAAACAUGUUUUGGUAUGUCUUCGGUACUUUCACGAACUGUUUCACGUUCGUUGGUAAAAAUUCUUGGAGCAAAACUACGAAGAUUACCACUAGAUUACUGAUUGGGUGGUACUGGAUAUUCACCAUAAUAAUUACAAGUUGCUACACUGGUUCUAUAAUAGCUUUUGUUACAUUGCCAGUGUUUCCUGAAACAGUGGAUACAAUUGAUCAGCUUUUGUCGGGAUUUUAUCGUGUUGGCACGUUAGAUCGUGGCGGAUGGGAAAGGUGGUUUUUUAAUUCUUCUGACCCGAAGACUAAUAAAUUGUUCAAGAAACUUGAACUGGUCCCAAAUGUAGAAAGUGGCAUUAGGAAUACUACGAAAGCCUUUUUCUGGCCGCAUGCCUUCUUAGGAUCACAAGCAGAAUUGGAAUAUAUUGUGCAAUCAAAUUUUAGUAAAACUAGCUCAAAGAGAGCAUUAUUGCAUAUUUCCGAUGAAUGUUUCGUUCCAUUCGGAGUGUCUAUGGGAUUUCCUAAUAAUUCCCUUUAUACAAUUAAGCUGAGCGAUGAUUUGAGAAGAAUGGUUCAAAGCGGAAUUGUGGAUAAAAUAGUUGAUGAAGUUCGUUGGGAUAUGCAAAGAAGUACCACAGGAAAGUUGUUGGCGGUGAUACCUGGAAAUUUUCAUAUAACUUCUGCUGAAGAAAAAGGUUUAACAUUGGAAGACACUCAAGGAAUGUUUUUAUUAUUAGCUGCAGGAUUUCUUAUGGCUGCUGCAGCAUUAGUUUCGGAAUGGAUGGGAGGAAUCACGAAACGAUGUCGUAGGAAAAAGCCGUCAUCAGCCAUGUCUGAAGAGCGAUUAAUAUCAAUGCCUAAACCUGAGAAAGAUUCGCAUAUGGAUUCUAGAAGUUCGAGUGCUGAAUCAAGAGAAACUCUUGAUGGAGAGAUAAUUAAUAUUACUCAGGAUAACAUUAUAAUCCAUGAAAAUUUUGACAGUGAUGCAUUGCGUACAAGGAGAUCCAGUUCUGUUGACCUUGACAAAGAAGUGCAAGAGAUAUUUGAAAGGGAUAUGAUGAGAGAGAACAUUAUAAGGGGAGAUACUAUUGAAUCUCUAUCAGAAGAUAGAGAACCAACUGUAUCUAAAGGAACUUUUGGUGAUCAUGUUCAUAUUUGA